AUGAAGGAGAAGGAUGAGGGUGGGUUGUACGUGUACCACCUCGAGAUGGACUACGAGUGCAACGAAGAAGAUCCGGUGAAGCGGUUGGUUGUGGUUCAGCCUCGCGAGCAGGCUGGCGAUGCGCCUAGCGACCAGCAAGUAGAGACGGCGCCCAAGCUCACCUUCAUGUUCAGAAAGCAGUGUCCCCUCCCGCGGCCCGCACACUCCUCACCUCCGCUUGAGCCCUCGACAAGCUGGUCUUGA